UGUAAAAACAAAAAAGUCGAACUCACGCACGAAUCGUACAUAAAAUAUGACAUCUCCAUAGUUACAUCAACUAACCUUGCGUUUAUUAAACAUAGUGCGCAAAAGAAUUAAAAAGUUUAUCACAGUUGCCCUCCGGGCCAAAUAGUGUUAUCACAUUUAGUUAUUCUUGAACGUUCGAGCUGUUAACAUGAAGGCACUUUGGAUAAUUGUGAUUUUGCAAUCGUUGCAGUUGCCGAUAUUCGCUCAAGCAUCAUUUGGAACAUCGUUUCUGACGAGCUCCAAAUUGUGUCGCGGAUGGUCGUGUCUAAACAACAAGUUGGGUCUACCGAACUCGCUGCCAUCUCGCACGCAAUAUGAAGUGAUCCUUAAGUCCCUAUUGCCUGAAAACUGGCAUUUACAAUUGGAUAGCGUACUGGACACAUGCUACCAGAACAGAACAAGGGCAUACACGAAUACGUGUCCUGGACAGGCGAUGAUGCAUUGCGUCGUUGAUAACCUGAUUGAGAAUUGUCCGGAAUCACAUCAUAAGAAAGAAGAUGCAUGCACACCUGUGUCCUGUACGGCUGGCUUAUCCUACAUGUUUUCUCAAAGCCGUUACGAAGAUUUCGAAGAAAACUUGCCGAGAGAGAGGCGCCCGACUUGGUUUUUGAAAAAUUAUUUCGACACAAAAUGCUGCGACCUAACGCCCCUGUUCAGUACAUCCGUAUUAGCUGAGUGUGGCUUUGCGGAGUUCAUGCACUAUUACGAACAUGUGCCCCAAAACGUUGUUUCCUUCAGCAGCAAUAAAAAAUAUCCAACAUUGCGACAGCCGCCUCUUUCAGUGCAUGUGAAACAUGAUACUCCUAAAACGGCUACUCCAAGCAGUAAACAAGAAAAUUCAGUUAAAAUAGUUGAUCCGAUCGUCCCAACUACUACUGAAGCUGUUGAUAUAAAGGAUCUAGAUCCUCUGGACUGCUGCGACAUGUCUCACUUCAUCCAGCCCUCGUGGCGUUCCGAAUGCGACUUUGCUAUCAGGUGGGACAACCAAAACAGACUGAGUCUUACCACAACGACACCGGCGGAAGAAUCUCCUAACACGAACUUAUCCGAACGCACUUCGAGUCCCGAAGAUGUUAGGAAUGACGUCAGGAUUGGACCGCUUCCUUGCGAGAGUGAAACUUGCGUGUUCAACAAGCUGAACAUUUUAUCGUUAACCGGCGACGUUAACCUGGACUUGUUCACCAAACUCCUGGACAACUUCACCCGAUCACACCCGGAGUUUACCAAGGCUAAGGCCAGGGUCAUCACAGAGUGUAUGAAGAAACCAUUACUGGGGUAUGACGAGGAAUGCCAGAUUAAUAAGGUCUUGGCUUGCACUUUCGAUGUUUUAUCUGAGUAUUGUCCGUACACUAAUAGGAAGAAUGAUCCUUGUAGGAAACCUGAUUCCAACAUGAUGUGUCAAAUUAGUUCCUCUCAUAUUAGACCAAAGUUCCGUCGGUCCUUCUGCAGUCUACCCGACUUCGUGCCAGAGAGGGUGCUCUCUGAAUGUGGUAUUGUCUCGCUUUCUAAUAUGAUGUACGUGAAGAAAAGGCCGAAGAAACGGUACACCGCCAAGCCGAGUCUUGGAUGCCAACCCCUAACCGAACCCACCAGCUGCCUCCUCGACAAAAUGGGUGUCAUAAACAAAUACAAAUUCGUUGACUAUUUCAAAAUGAAGGAUUUAAUACGGAGCGCCAAAUCUCCAUGGUCCGCGCUCACCGACGUUUACGUCAGCGCUUUUACGAACAAACCCAUGUACGGUAACCACUGCAACUCGCCCAGACAACUGCUCAAUGUUAUCGAUACUAUGUUGAUGACAUGCCCAGUGUCCUUACGAAAGACAACGGCUCAAUGCAACCAAUUCUUUACGGAAACCAUGAACACGGCUCCGUACACCAACACCAACUUGACCAAGGCCAAACUGGACAGAAUGGUCAACCAUUUCCAACAUAUCUUCCUACCGGUCACCAUAUACCAGUCCAACGUUUACCCACGUAAUAAAUCUAAGAUUAGUUACAAACCUUUAUAUAAUUAUGGAGUUUUAGCGUCAGGAAACGUGCCACCCGUGUCUAUGGUGGAUAUUAACCCGAAAACGCCAAAAAAGCCAUUGAUGAUUCUACCAGUAUAUAUGCGUUUGCAUAAUCAGGGUGUUAGGUACCCUGCUAUUGGGUCAACUGGCACAUCUAGUCUGUACAGCAGUCCGUUGCUUAGAAGUGCACCGUUAGGUCAAAAUUUGGCUAUGCCUGCUAAACCUAAAUCAGUUUGAAUUAAUACGUGAGCACCACAGAAAUCUGAAUACUCAAAAAGCAAUAGAAAUGGUAUUUACUACUGUACUACUUUUUAUUUUUUGGUACUUGGUACUUUUUGGUACUACUGGUACUUCUGCUAGUACAUUCCAGAAAAGGUCUUGACGCAAAACCUCUCUAUAUUGUCACUCUGGAUAAAUUAAUCAAUUCCGAUAUGAUAUUAUUAUUCGAUAUAAUACAAUACCUAUGUUGAAUUCCGAUUGUUUAGUGUAUUAGUUAUCUCUUCAUUGUGCAUAAAUAACUUUUGUCAUUAUGUAAUUUCGUGUCAUUAUGCUAAUGUGACAUCUUGAGUUGACUUAGCAAAAAAUAAAACAGUGUUACGUAUACAGCAAUAUAUAAAGAAAUAGACAACCAGUUGUGAUUUACUUACCCACAGCGAAAUGUGGGCUUCGAGUUUAAGGACUCUUGGCUCUGUCUACCCCGUGAGGGAUACAGACGUGACACUGCACUGUACUUUGUGAUUUCUGUGGCUAGCAUACGAGUGGAUUGCACCAGUCAACUUUGACGUUGACAAUAAACUGCGCGCCGCCAUCGUGUAAAAACAAAAUGGCGCUCUUUCCGUUUUUCUGCGCAGGUUAAAGUUAACGUCAAAGCUGGAACAACUCACCGUAAAUAACCUUAACCGGUAGUGGUGAGUUACCGUGUGUACAAUCCAUUAGCUAGUUUAUUUAGGUUGAAGUGUAGUUUUAAUGCGAUUUCAAAGAGGCUAGCCUCUUCAAUUGUAAUUUCUUUUGUAAAGUUUUUUCUUACAAGCCUUAUUAUAUAGGUAAAUAAUCGUACCGUGUCACUUUAAGAUCUUACAGCAAUGUAAAUAAAAAAAGUUUUUUACAUUACUUCCUUUUUAAUUUUUAAUUUAUGAAAUUAAUAAUUGAUUUAUUUAAAUAAAAUUCAACAAUAAGUUCUGAGAAGAUUGUUUACAUAUUAAGACCCUAUUGUAACACUUGCUGAUAAAGUAUCAGAUAAUGUAAAUGUAACAUGUCAAACAGCUUUAAACAAUAUUUUUAACAAGUGUUGGAUAGGGCAAACUGGCCAAUCAUAUUUGAGCAAAUUGUAAAAAUUUAGACAGUGUUCAUAAUUAUUCUGUAUAAUAUAUGUUAUAUUGUGUUUGUUCGUUUGCUUUUUAACACAAUUUGUGUUGUGGUGUUAUUUGAUAAGUGUUAGUGAUUAUAAGAAAAAAAAAUAAAACAUUUCCGAAGCAA